AUGGAGAAGCUGCCUGUGGAAAUCCUCACCAAAAUCAUCGACUAUCUCACGCCACCAGAGCAGGUCCAGCUUCAGUCAGUCUCCAAACGCUUCUUCGCUCUAGCACGCGACAAUAAUAUAUGGAGACUUCACUCCUACGAGAACACCUGGGCUGCUCUGUCAGCCGCUCGCCCUAAAAAUGGAGCGUCUGAAAGCCUUGUCUCGCAUCCCACCACAUCUCUGAGCUCACUCGGGCAGCCGUCACUUCGCUCCCUGAUCCAACCGCAAUCGAACAAUGCCAACUGGGACAACUCAAGUCAGCCGACGUUCGGGGAGAGAGCGAGGGCAGCUGCUGCUUGGGAUCCGUCGGCUGAGGGUGAGGAUGUUGAUUGGUAUUCAGAGUACAUCGCUCGGAAUGGGCCGAUUUCACUCAGCUGGCUGCAGCAGCCGUUUUCAAGGACGCCGGGUGGUGGGAAAACCUACAUCGAAGCCAAGGGGAUGGGGCUGCUCAAGGACUUUAGUUUGGCUAGGCAGAACAAGGUCGUGUCGCCCUUGAGCGAUGGCAGUGUUUGCGUUUGGGAUCUUAACCAUUCCCACGCCAUCGGAUCUCGGGCUACGAAGGGAAGUAUAAUUGGGACGAGUGCACCGGGGAUUUUGACGGUUGAUAUGUCUCAAAGAAAGGAGAACCCUGCGGCCAAGUCCGCGCUGGAGUUCAUAAAUCUGGGUGAAUGCGUUAGUGUGGAUUCGAUCCGCCAACGCGCUUAUUUAGCUGUUGGGCAUGUUGUGAAUGAAGUCGAUCUUGAGACUCUGAAGAUCAUUUCUCAACAACGCUAUCCAUGGUCGGUCUUUGCCUUAUCUCAGGAAACAGACUACUCGGUGCCAUUGACUUUGGCGACCACAUUGAGUUUGCAUAUCUAUGACGGUAGACUUUCAAAAACAGAAGAGGAAGAAGCAAUUAACCUGCGCUGCGAGCAGCCGAACGUUUCGCUAGUUCCAGAGUCCUUGAUUUAUACUCCCCCAGAUUCGCCGCUUCUGCAAUUCCAACCAAACGGCAGGCCACCGCACCGCAUUCGAAGCCCUGAUCUCUCGGAGACGAGUGAUAAUUAUGCCCCAUUGUUCCAACCCGGACCUCUGGCGGUUCUACACCCUCCCGCACCUCACGUGAACUCAAUAUUUCUUGCAGGCCGCUUUCCGAGUAUACUUCAGUAUGACCGCCGGUACUUUCCUCGGUUGCAAAGCACUAUUCACUCAGGCGGGCGGCUUUGUGGGCUUGUUUCUGUCCCUGCACCCCAGUUCCCGCUAUUCUCCAACUCGAAGUACCCAGAUUCGUCCACUGUCGUAGCAUGUGGGGAGUACAACGGCAAGGGGUCCCUCGAAUUAUAUCGUCUCACUGCGACUGGUGAAAUGAAUGAAACCGGGCCCUCAGCUUGCUCCUCAACUCUCGCAACAUCAUACCAAAAUCGACAAAGCGUGGCUAGCUCGAAAAUCCUUUCCGUGCAAUCUCACGGUACUCGGAUUGUAUACUCCGACGGAGACGGCAAUAUAAAAUGGGUUGAGCGUGACGGGCGCACCGAAGUCCGCCGCCUGAACAUCAACUCAUACCGACAACGUCCAAAUAACCAGGCCAACUCCCAUAACGACGACGAGGCACACGAUGUAACUGGACUCUGGGCUAACGUAUCCCGCGCCCAAAACGACGGGGAUGUUGCACGAAAGAUUCUUCCAACCGGCGGAAAUCUUACCGGGGAUGAACUUCUCGUGUGGACAGGAGAACGUCUAGGCCGAGUUAGAUUCUCCGAUGUACCAGACGCCGAUGAGCUCGGCGAGGACGACGAGAUGUCUCUGGAUGGAGAUGUUGAUGAUGCUACACAGGAGGAAGUUCGAUCUAGAAAGCGUGAGCUGCAAGCGCGCGAGCGAGAAUACUCGAAGAUGAUGCGACGAGCCCUGCAGACGCAAGCUGAUGAGGUGCGGCGCAUGGGCGAUUUCGGUGUUUAA